UUUAUCCUUGUUAUAUCAAGUUAAUUAAGGUUUUUGAUGUUCUGAUCGUUGUUGUUCGUGCAUGGCAUUGGGUGUAACUUAGCAUUAUUUAGCACACCAGAACUGAAAAUGGUAACGUGAAUGAUAAAGUAGUCUCUUCUCUCUCUAUCUAUCCUGUUUGGCAUUCCUACCCAAAUCACUUUUCUAUUUUCCAUUCAUUCAUACAUAUCCGCGUCAACAUGUCAUUCAUUUUUUGUUCCUUAUUGUCAGAACCAAAAUCAUUUCUCUGACCCUCAAUCCAAUCACAACAACCUUAUCCAAUUGCCUCGUUUCUGCCAAUACAACACAACCAACUCCUUUUAUUUAUUUCUACCCAUUUUUCUUUUUCCUUACAUUAUUUCAUCGGAAAAAACAAAAGAUACGAUCUUAUGAUGAGGGGAAGAACAAGACAUGAAGAAGAUGAGCAAUCUCGAGCUUUGUACCAGCUCUCCGCGCUCGUUCUCAACCUCCUUCGCUCGCCUCUGUCGUCGUUGACGUUCUCUGACGAGGUUCCGCCGUUGGCGGCGUCACGGCGUCCCGGGCUGGGUCAGAUAUCGCCGGCGGGAUUCGCCUCCUUGCUGUUGGGAAUAUCGCUGGCGUUGAUGCUUUGUGGAUCGGUGACGUUCUUCAUCGGGUUCGUGUUGAUGCCGUGGGUUCUGGGAUUGGUCAUGCUCUUCUACGUCGCCGGAAUCCUCUCCAGCCUCUCCGUCUUCGGCCGCUCCAUUCUCUGCUACGCCACCGCUCCACCCUCGCCACGUAAGGACAUUCCCGGCCAGAGCUGGUCGGUCUCUGCUUCAUCAGCCUAGCUAAUUAGCAUGGAAGCUUAUGUGAAGUGACCAGAUGGAAGAAUGAAAAUGAGGAGUACGAUGGUGUGGGGUUUUGUGCUGUCUAUUGGUGCAGGAAUCGUGGUUAACUGAGUUUUAUUAAGCUACUGAAGUGAACUAUGUGGAUAUGGCUUCUAUGUGCAUCAGAAAUAGCCAAGUAAAAUUCUGAAGAACUACUUACUACCUUGGUAUUCGGGGGUUGUUCCCAGCUUCUUCCUUCUGUUAUCAAUUAUUUUAUUUAACUUUAUUCGCACCUUGCUAAAUUCUUAAGCUUAGGCUGGUGAAUUUCCUUUUGUUCAGUUAUAGAAAGAGAAGGAAAAUAUGAUUUGACUCCUGAGAAACAGGGGUUGUACCGGAUCAAGAAAAAUGUUUUGAAAUCGGAUGGUUGUUGUGUCUAAUUGUCUAUAGCAGCUGAUAUUAUUUAUUAACAUACCAUUUCUGCUGUUGAGGGUAGUUGAUGAAUGAUGAGGAUUCUUAUUGUAGCCCUUAUGUUAUGGAUUAAUGCCUUGCUCUCUA